UUUGCAUAGUCGCGUUCUACAAAGGCUAAUGUAUAUACGGCGUAGCGUUCUCUCGACACUCUACGGUCUACGUGUAUAAAUACGUAUAGGAUAUACGUCUCACUCUCCCACACAAACAGUAUAAUUGUUUUGCUUUUUGCAUCCCUUUGGGAUAUUUCUGCAGCAUUUUUGGAUUUCUCUUCCCGCGCUUAUAAGCUGAGAUUUAGGGUUUAACGAGAUUUUCAAAUGUCUGCAUUCGGCGCUACUUCGACUAACUUAAAUCCUAACCGUUCCACUGAGGUGGUGCAACCUCCGACGGAUUCAGUAUCAAGCCUGAGUUUCAGUCCUAAGGCCAAUUUUUUGGUGGCUGCUUCGUGGGAUAAUCAGGUACGAUGUUGGGAGGUAACUAGAUCAGGAACCACCAUUGGCACUGUUCCAAAGGCAUCAAUAUCACAUGAUCAGCCAGUCUUGUGCUCAACAUGGAAGGACGAUGGGACAACUGUCUUUUCUGGGGGCUGUGACAAGCAAGUUAAAAUGUGGCCGCUAUUAUCUGGUGGCCAACCCGUUACAGUGGCCAUGCACGACGCCCCUGUUAAAGAGCUCGCUUGGAUCCCAGAGAUGAAUCUCCUAGUCACUGGAAGCUUGGACAAGACACUAAGGUAUUGGGAUCUGAGACAGCAAAAUCCAACUUGGGUGCAACAACUUCCUGAGCGCUGCUACGCGCUUACUGUUAGACAUCCACUUAUGGUUGUUGGAACUGCUGAUAGAAAUCUUAUAGUCUUCAACUUGCAAAACCCUCAGGCUGAGUUCAAGCGGAUUGUUUCACCCCUAAAGUACCAGACUAGGUGUCUAGCUGCUUUCCCUGAUCAGCAAGGUUUCUUGGUUGGAUCUAUUGAAGGAAGAGUUGGUGUACACCACCUUGAUGAUUCACAAUCAAGUAAAAACUUUACUUUCAAAUGCCACAGGGAUGGCAAUGACAUUUACUCUGUUAACUCACUGAAUUUUCACCCUAUACACCACACGUUUGCCACUGCCGGGUCUGAUGGGGCCUUCAAUUUUUGGGACAAAGAUAGCAAACAGAGGCUUAAGGCUAUGCAGAGAUGCAAUCAGCCAAUACCUUGCAGCACUUUCAACAACGAUGGUUCCAUCUUUGCAUAUGCGGUGUGUUAUGAUUGGGGCAAGGGUGCUGAAAAUCAUAAUCCAUCAACAGCAAAGACUUAUAUAUACCUGCAUCUGCCUCAGGAUGCUGAGGUGAAAGCCAAACCACGUGCUGCAACGGGCAGUAGAAAGUGAAGUUCUUCACCGCAUUUAGACAACUGAAAUUAUUCGUUUGUAGAUUCACUUUUUGAGCUGUAGUGGUCCUUUAAAGCGUACGACUCCAACCAUGCUGUACUUUGUUUGUUGGAUACAAUGAUAGUACAUUCUUGUCAUUCUAGUGUUAUUUCAUCAA